UUGGGGAGACGGAGCCGGUCCGGAUGACGUCAGAGGGCUCAGACUGUCGCUGCAAGUGCAUCAUGCGCCCUCUGAGCAGGGACGCCUGCCAGCGGCUGCGGAGCGGCAGUGUGCGUGUGGAGGACUACUACACUGUGGAGACAGUCAGCUCCGGAUCCGACUGUAAGUGCUCGUGCACGGCCCCCUCGUCCUCCCUCAACCCCUGUGAGAACGAGUGGAAGAUGGAGAAGCUGAAGAAACAGGCCCCCGAGUUACUGAAGCUCCAAUCCAUGGUGGACCUCCUGGAGGGAACACUUUACAGCAUGGAUCUAAUGAAGAUUCACUCCUACAUCAACAAGGUGGUGUCUCAAAUAGACACCCUAGAAGAGGUAGGCAACCGAUUAGGCGCUUUCACACCGGAGUACUUUUCCCAGGAGUAG